AUGCCAACCAACGUCCCCGAUUCUGUGGACAACUGGUGGUGCUCGACGCAAGACGAGCAGGCCUGGCUCGGCUUCUCGUACGAUGUGAGCUGGUGCCCUUCGUCCGCGCAACUUACCAAGUCCUUCAAGCGCAUGCGUUCAGAGUACAAUGCACGCUACGUCCGCAUGUAUGGUACUUGCGACAACGAUGGCUUCACCGAUCAGCUGAUCAAUGCAGGCUGGGAGGCCGGUCUAGGGAUCUACCCGCUGAUCUGGUUCGGCUUCGACGGCGACAAUAAGUGGCAGACCCGCCGCGACAACAUCAUCAAGGCAAUCAAGAGCAAUUCCAAGGCUCCCUACGUUGUGCGCGGCGUCGUGGUCGGCAGUGAGCCCAUGUUUGACUCGGUCAUGUCACCCGACGAUCUCGCUGCUCAGAUCUACAAUGUCAAGAACCAGCUCGCACCCUGGACAAACAAGGGUGACGACGGCAUGCAGAUCACGCUCAGUGAGAUGCCUUACGGCUACCAGAUCCGUAACAAUGCCCCGCAGGUAUUCAAGGCGCAAGACACCCUCAUGGCCCACUCACUUCCCUUCUUCGACUGGACAGUCGGAGAUGCCGGGUCGGACUCGACGGCAGGCAAAGUACAGAACGACCUCAACUACAUGGUCAAGAACGGUUUGGGCAAGAAGAUCAUCAUCUCUCAGACUGGGUGGCCCUCCAAUGCCGAUAUUUGGAAGCCCAACAGCGCCAAAGCUGUUGCGUCGCUGCAGCAGGAGAAGGCCUACUUUGAUAUGCUCGACAACUUGGCUUGCUCGUGGAUGGCAAAGAAUGGACCGAAAGGUGGGAUCGCGUGGUUCUCGCACAUGUACGCUGAUACGUUGUCUGGGUGGGGAGUGCUGGACACCAACUGGAAGGCAAAGUUUGACUUCAAGCCCAAGACGUCCUGCUGA